AUGUUUCCACAGGCCCUUCAGCACAGUGUAAUGGGCACUGCAUUGCAAAACCCAACGGUGGAUGCAGCUUCACCAGAUUCAACUGAUGAAGGUUCUUUUGGAACUGACAGGCGUGCAGGUAGAAUGGGUCGUAGAGUCCCACAUACAGGAGUCAGUCGUGACAGCGCAGUGCCACUAAUUCAAAUGAAAGCAGUGCAACAGCUUGACCGCCAAGCACAAGCGUCCGAUGAUCCUUUGAAUGGCUUGGAGGUGGCCGCAGCCGCCACACCUGCUCGGGCAGCCAGUAGUGGAGGCGGGGAAAGGUGUGAGGCUGGGGACAUUCGUCGGCAUCCUUUUGUGAGGCUACCACUGGUAAACCCGAGGGAUGUCCGCAGGAGGUUCCGUGAGCAGUUUGCACUGUCGCUUCAUUUUGUUGAGCUCCUGGGGGAAAAGAUGAAUACUGUCAAGUGGUGGGCUCAGUUUGUGAAGAAGUUCGACACGGAUUUUUUCUUAAGUGAGCCAGCAAGGAUGGAACGAACAGAAGAGCUCAGCAAGCUGGUUAAUCGACUGAGUGCUGCACUGGCUAUAUAUAAGGAAGGAAAACGCCCCCCAGUUAUGGAGGUAAUCGAGCUGAAAAGGGCCGUUCUUACUCAACAGUACAGAGGCAGCCAAUUGUCGAACCCCUUGUGGAAACUCUGGGUGCAGGACGAUAUUGAGUUUUGUUGUAAUUACUCCGAAUGGUCCCAAAAGUUCUCCUGA